AUGUCGGCUUUACAGACAGAGGCUCCCCCCGCGGGCAGCCCAACCAUCUCUAGCUAUCGCGGCGUAACCGCUUCAAGACAGCAACAACCGUACUCGAACCCAGAGUGCUAUCUUCCCGUCUGCUUCGGGAAAUCUCAUGAGCAAUGGGCCAAGACAGAGUUUGGCGACCACAUUAGGAAGCAGGCCCCAGCGUCAGGCUCAGGACCGCCCCGUCAGUCUACACGCCACCCUGCCGUCAGCAACGGACCCAUCAAGGAUGAGCAAAAGGCCGCGAGAGCAACAGAUACCAAAUCGUGGUUCAGGCGACAGAGCAGGGCCACCACCAGCAAACAUCGAGAACAGUCCCACAGCGAGUUCAAAGCCCAGAACGGCCACACCAGCAAACAUCGAGAACAGUCCCACAACGAGUUCAAAGCCCAGAACGGCCACACCAGCAGCUUCCCCCAAAACAAGUUCCACAGCGUGUUGGGACGCCGAAGCGGUCUCAGCAACUCCCGGCGACGCAAAACCCAGAACGCUCUCAGCAUCAUCCCUCAUCUAAGCAAACAGCGCAAAAAGCUCAGCCUCGAGAACAACCUCCAACAAGUCAAAGUCAACAACAAAUAG